AGGCCAUCGCUAGGUGACGAAUACAGCCAACAGCUGAGCAGGCUUAGGGGCGAGUGGAAAAUACGUGUAAUAUUUACCGAAAACGAACAGAAGCGAGAACGAUCCCCCCAUCAUCCAAAUGGAGACACCCACGGCCGACGAUCUGUUGCAGUUUCGCGACUAUAGCGGCGGAGCACCGGCCCAAAUCAAUGUGAACUCGCCAACACACGCCACCGGUGGAGGAUCGGGAUCUGGAUCGGGUGGAGCAGGUGCCAGUGGAGGAUUAGGCGGCAAUUCAAACGCCCAGCGCCAGCGCGGCGAUCCGCUGGCGGAUCUUAUCUACGACAUGAGCACUUCAGCCCAGACCUUGGCCGGCGGAGGAGUGCCAAAUGCGCAGAAUGCAUCACUGGACGGUUCGGGAGCGGGCGGCGGAGGCGGCAAGUUAUCUUUCCUGACCAUCGAGUAUUAUCAGCAGUUCUUCAACGUGGAUACCUACAUGGUGCUGGAGCGCAUCGUUAACUCGAUGAUCCCGAAAAGGGCGGCUGGCAACUAUCUGCGGAUGAACAUUGGCGAGAAUCCAGACUUGUACGGACCAUUCUGGAUCACCGUCACCCUGAUCUUCUCUAUUGCCAUAAGUGGAAACAUUGCCAGUUACUUGCAGCAGGCCAACGAUAAGUACACCUGGCACUACAACUUCCACCUGGUCUCCUAUGCGGCCACCUGCAUCUUCUUGUACGCCAACAUCCUGCCGGCUAUACUCUGGGCCCUGUUCAAGUACAGCCUAAAGCCCGUGGAUGCUUCGGAUGCCGUUGAAACGGACAGCGCCAGCUACACCCCGAGUCUCCUCUCACUGAUGUGCAUCUACGGCUACAGUCUGGCCAUCUACAUACCCGUUUCUAUUCUCUGGGUGAUUAAUAUCUCGGUGCUCCAGUGGCUCCUGGUUAUCACCGCCGCCCUGCUCUCGGGCACUGUUCUGAUUGCCGUUCUGACGCCCGCCUUGCGGAACUCCCAGUUCUCGCUGUUCCUCAUCAUUGGAAUCCUGAGUGCCCACUUUGUCCUGGCCGCCGGCUUUCUGCUUUACUUCUUCCACAGCCCGGAGCCCAAAGUGGAGGGGUCCCAUGGAUAUCUCCCGAUUCCCUCUGCGCCACCAGCGGCUGCUCUCAAGGCCGUUACCGAUGCGGCGGUCAAUGCUGGCGUUGUGGCCGGUAACCAGACCCACUAGACCAGAUCCCCAAAGGCAUUCCAUGCGGAGGCAGAACCUCGUCGUCGUCGUUUUCGUUGUAAAAUAAGUUUUCCUUACUAUACCAUCAUAGUUUGCGAUUUCCUAAGCUUGGAUAUCCAAGCAUUGUGCUUUAUAUUGUUUUUUUUUCAACAUUUGGCGACUGUGUAUUUAUAAUAAAUUAGAACUAGACGUAUGUGUA